UAGAGAUGUAUAUGUCUAUGGCCGGCGCCCGCAACACUGCACAGGCUGCUCCAACGGAAGGGCGCCGAUCUCGACGUCGGGGCCGGCGCUCAUCCCAUGCUCGGGACCGCCAACCAGCUCCAGCUGCUCCAGCCCCAGCCCCACCGGCACCAGCACAGCCAGCCCAACCAAUAGUGCCCAACCCCCUGCUUGGGGAUCCGAGGCCUCAAGGAGUUAAGCUCCCUUUUGUGGACAGGGAGGCGAAGGCCAAGGCUCACCAAGACUUGCGAUCCCAAGCGCUUUGCUUGCCCACUGCUCACCCCGCCGGCGCCCGCCACCCACGCGUCUACACGCUAAUCGGCCGAGGCAACUUGUGUGACUCGCCACAACGAGGCACACCUUCCCGACCGGCUGAAUCUUCUCAGGAUGUCGUCCCCCAGACUGAAAGCCUUCCUGCCCAGCUCAUCCCGCCUCCUGCCUCAGUCAUCCCAGCUCCUGCCCCGGUCAGCCAAGUUGGCCCUUCACGGCGCGAGAGGACUCAGGGCCGCACGGAUCCCUACGCCGGAAGCCGGGCAAAUCGCGCCCGAGGACCGGCAGCGCAGGGAAACUGA